AUGGUUACCGUCCUGGACUCAGACUCAGACGAGGAGACUUUUAUCCAACCUGAAGUGAUAUCAAGCCGGCUGCUCAAGGCAUUCAUCAGCCCCGAAGACGACAGGCAGAGGCAGUCGCCGUCUAAACCGCCGAGCAAGCCAAGACGUGCUGUUGUUGACAAGGGCUCAACAUCUUCCAGUUCCCGCCCACAGUCCAAGGCCUCAAAUGUUUCGGUAGUCAUCCCUGUGCCACCUCGGCGGCCAAGUCCUUCGCCAGUGACUACCAGCCGUAAGAGAUCUCUAUCGUCUGAUGGAGAUAUCAACAAAGCCUUGUCUCGGAAGCUUACAGCAACUAAAAUCCCGGACCACCAUGGUCUAAGUGAUUUCUACGCCGUGGAGAGUGGAGAGGUAAAAAGACCGUACCUUAAGUUAAAAACAUUCGACCCAAAGAAGACUGAGAUACCCCGGUCAAGCAAGCGGUAUAUUCCGCCCAAGAGACGCAGUGAUAAAGAGUCAGCGUGCUCUCGCUUAGAAGAGCUAUAUAAUAAGAAGCUUCAACGGAUCAAGGGCCCCCCAAUCCGGUUUAAGGCUGGCAAGAUCGCAAAAGAGAUCGAUUUUAAUUUUGAUUUUAUCGACUCCUAUAAAAUUCACAGCGGGGUUAACCAGAUUGAUCCGGAGUUCCUAUGGGGCUGCGAUUGUACAAAAUGUGAUGCUGAAUGCGACUGCCUCUCUAAAGACCUAGUUCAUUAUGAGAAGGGUCGACGUGUACGGGCCGUCUUAAAGUCGGAGAUCCUGAAUAAGCGUACGGCAUUGAUCCGAGAAUGCUCGUCGCGCUGCAAAUGCUCUGGAGUCAACUGCUGGAAUCAUGUUGUCUUCCGUGGGCGACAAGUUGAAUUGGAAGUUUUCCAGACCAAGAACCGGGGGUUUGGAGUCCGCUCGCCUCAUUCUAUAGAGCGAGGGCAGUUCAUUGACACUUAUGUCGGCGAGGUUAUUGAGCCAUCCACUAGCGAUGCCAGAGAAGAAGCAAUUGAUGUGGAAAAAUACUCUAGCUACUUGUUCUCACUCGACUACUUCCCUGGUGAGGAGUAUGAGAAGGAGAAGGAUAUCUAUGUCGUUGAUGGACGCAAGUUUGGUUCAAUUACCAGGUUCAUGAACCACUCCUGCAACCCAAACUGCAAGAUGUUUCCUGCCACUCAGACAGACGACCACGGGGUCUACCAGCUUGCAUUCUUCGCGGUCCGCGACAUACCUGCCGGCACUGAGUUGACGUUUGACUAUCAUCCUGGCUGGGAAGGGGGUGACGUUGACCCAGACGCGACGAAGUGUCUCUGUGGUGAGAAAAACUGCCGUGGCCAGCUCUGGCCGGCAAAACGGAAAACUACACGACCUGGUGAAGAUAGUUCUUCUUCUGGCGAGUCUUCCGAGGAGUCUGAGGAUGAUGAAUGA